AUGGAAGGCGGUUCCAAUUGCUACUCGAGCAUGCCUAACACUGUGGAUGAAAUAUAUGAAGACUUCAAGCGCCGCAGAGAGGGCAUAAUAAAAGCUCUUACAGAGGAUUUUGAGGAGUUAAACCAGCAAUGUGACCCAAAAGAUGAGAGUUUUUUGGGGCUUUAUGGACUUCCGGAUGAAUCAUGGAAAGUUGUUCCUCAACAAGAGGGGUCUCCCAUGCUUCCAAAUCCUGUUUGGGGAAUCAAUAACAAUAGAAUGACUAUGUCAAAAAAGAGUUGGAAGCACUCUGUUGCUGAUAAUAGUCAUGUAUGGCUUCAUGCCUUAGCUAUUUUCCACUGUGCAAGACUUGGACUUGGGGAAGAAGAUAAGAGAUUACUUCUCACCAUGGUUGGAAGCUUUCAAUCAGUAGAAGAGGCUAUAAAAGAGGCUGCAGAAUCAGAAGGAAAGCAAAUAGUUAUCAGGCAGCCAAGUAGAAAGAGGAAAUUUUCUGAAGCUCUGGUGAUGGACAGAGUGUAUCCUCACCAAAGUGAAGAUGAAAAUGAUCAAGGCUAUGAACCGCAUUGUCCAAUCUGUGGAGAAAAGGAUGGUGAUGAAAAAUGGAUCUUGUGUGAUGUUUGUGAAGAAUGGCUCCAUUGCAGAUGUGUGAAUAUUAGCUCACAAGAGGCUGAUGAUAUGGCACAAUACAUAUGCCCAUUCUGCUCCACCUAA